AUGACCAAAGACUCAGUGGUCACGGAGGAUGUGGCUGUGGUCUUUACCCAGGAAGAGUGGGCUUUGCUGGAUCUUGCUCAGAGGAAACUCUACAGAGAUGUCAUGAUGGAAACUUUGAGAAACCUGGCCUCUGUGGCCUCUGGAAGUGUGACUGAUGGAGAAAAGUUUUCCAGUGAAGAUGUCAUGCUACAGUUAAUGAAGAAAAACAGCUGGUCCUUCAUGUUGGAAGAAUUCUCAAAAUUGUAUGGCAGUAAAGAGCAACCUACCAAGCAGGUGAAACAUUUGAGAUAUAUGCAAUCUCAGACUGGGAAGAGGCUUUAUGUAUGUGAGGAAUGUGGGAAAGGUUUUAGUUUUCCGUCAUGUCUCACUAUCUAUUUAAGAACUCACAGUGGGGAGAGGCCCUAUGAGUGUAAGCAAUGUGGGAAAGCCUUUAAGUGUGCCUCAUAUCUCAUUAUACAUGAAAGAAUCCACCGUGGAGAAAGACCCUAUACAUGUAAGGAAUGUGGGAAAGGCUACAUUCGACACUCAUCACUCACUGUACAUAUGCGAACUCACAGUGGAGAGAGGCCUUAUGAAUGUAAGGAAUGUGGGAAAGACUUUAUUCAGGCCUCAGGCCUCAUUAUACAUGGAAGAACUCACAGUGGUGAGAGGCCUUAUGAAUGUAAAGAGUGUGGGAAACGUUUUAGUAGUUCCUCACAACUUACUGUCCACAUGAGAACUCACAGUGGAGAGAGGCCUUAUGAAUGUAAGGAAUGUGGGAAACACUUUGCUCAGUGGUCCUCACUCACAUCACACAUGCGAACUCACAAAUGUAAAGAGUGUGGGAAAGGUUUUAGUAGCUCCUCAGGACUCACUAUCCAUGUGAGAACUCACAGUGGAGAGAGGCCUUAUGAAUGUAAAGAAUGUGGGAAAGGUUUUAUUGCAUCCUCAUGCCUCACUAAUCAUAUGCGGACUCACAGUGGGGAGAGGCCUUACGAAUGUAAAGAAUGUGGGAAAGGUUUUAUUGCGUCCUCAUGCCUCACUAAACAUAUGCGGACUCACAGUGGGGAGAGGCCUUACGAAUGUAAAGAAUGUGGGAAAGGUUUUAUUGCGUCCUCAUCUCUCACUAAACAUAUGCGAACUCACAGUGAGGAGAGGCCUUAUGAAUGUAAGGAAUGUGGGAAACACUUUGCUCAGUUGUACUCACUCACAUCACAUAUGCGAACUCACAGUGGGGAGAGGCCUUUUGAAUGUAAAGAAUGUGGGAAAGGUUUUAUUGCAUCCUCAUCCCUCACUAAACAUAUGCGGACUCACAGUGGGGAGAGGCCUUACGAAUGUAAAGAAUGUGGAAAAGGUUUUAUUGGGUCCUCAUCCCUCACUAAACAUAUGCAGACUCACACAAGUGAGGAAAGGCCUUAUGAGUGUAAGGAAUGUGGGAAAGACUAUUCAGGCCUCAGGCCUCAUCAGACAUGGAAGAACUCACUGUGGAGGGAGAUCUUGAGUGGAAGCAUUGGGCAAAAGCCUUUAGUGAUUCCUCAAUCCUCAGUAAACAGAGCAGCUCCCAAUAGAGAACGACCUUGUGAGUACAAGGAAUUUGGGGAAGAAACCCUUUACGUAUUGCUCUCAGCUCAGUAA